AUGGAUGGGAUAGCUACUAAUAGCUAUCAAUGGCCGAGUGAGUGUUUAAGUGCAAAGAAAGUUGCUGGCCUUUAUGAGGGGUUCAAUAAUCAAGCGUCUGAGCGAAAGCAAUCACUGGAAGAUAUUUUAGGAACAUUCAUUUCGGAGACCAGAUCGAGGUUCAACAAAGAUGAGAAAGGAAAAUUUCCCAAUGACACGGAGGUUAACCCAAGGGAACACUUCAAUGCUAUCGUCUUAAGGAGUGGUAAAGUAGUUGAAGACCGCAAGCCUAGAGAUCCCAUAUUUGUAGAGGAAAAGCAGACUGAAGGGUAUUUGAAGAAGGAGUUUGAUGAGAAAUUCACAAAGUUUUUGGAGGUCUUCAAGAAAAUUCACAUCAACAUUCCCUUUGCAGAAUCCUUGGCACAAAUACCUGACUAUACCAAGUUCUUAAAUAACGUGAUGUCAAAGAAGAAAAAGUUGGAGGAGUUUGAGAUUGUUAAGCUGACAGAGGAGUGUAGUGCCAUACUUCAGAUGAAGCUCCCUCACAAAUUGAAAGAUCUGGGUCGCUUCAACAUCCAGUGCAAUAUUGGUGGUAUCACAUUUGAUAGGGCAAUGUGUGACCUUGGAGCUAGCAUAAAUCUGAUGCCCCUAUCAGUGUUCAAAAAGCUGGGUCUUGGAGAAGUGAAAUCCACACCCUUACCUUGCAACUGGCGGAUAGGUCAAUCACAUAUUCCAAGGGCAUUAUUGAAGAUGUGUUGGUGA